UAGAGUUUUGUCAUGGUGGUCGACAGAUCCUAACUUCUUCCCACGUUUUCAGUUUGUGUAACCACCGUAGCAAUGCCUGCCUCUAGGAGAAUCUAAGUAGUAUAUUUUCUAUUACCAUGGAUCAAUUAAGACCUUUGGAAGUGAUCCAUCCAGACGGUGUUGGUGAAGAUGAAUGCUGUAUGACUUUUGUUUUAAAUGGUGAAGAUCACACUUUGGGAAAUUCACUGAGAUACAUGGUCAUGAAAAACCCUGAUACAGCAUUCUGUGGAUACAAUAUUCCUCAUCCAUCUGAAAAUAAGAUAAAUUUCAGGAUACAAACAAAUGGGGCUAAUGCGAAAGAAAUUUUCAGAAAAGGGCUGGUAAAUUUGCAAGAUGUUUGCCAACAUAUUCUUGACACAUUUGAGGAUACUGUGGAGAUUUUCAAGGUAUCUGGUAUAAACCAGGAUAAUGAUGAAGAUGAUCAUAGCGAUGAGAGCCUGGCUGAAGAACAACUAGAAUCUGAUGAGUCCAUGGAUGAUGACUCGGCAUAACAUUUAUAUUAGCGUGUAAAUAAUCUAAAAUGGCUAUUCUAUGAAAGUUACACCUUAUUUGUAUUUUCUUGUCA